AUGGUGCCGGUUCCUAGCUUGUCAGCAUUGGCGACUCUGGCACUCGGGGCUUCUGCCGUCGUCGCCCAAAAUGUGCAGCAGCGUCAGCCGAACAUCGUCUUCAUCUUGACUGAUGACCAGGACGAACAACUUGGUUCUCUUGACUACAUGCCGUAUGUCCAGAAGCAUUUUGUAAAGGAGGGAACGUACUACCGCAAGCAUUUUUGUACGAUUGCAAUCUGCUGUCCGUCUCGAGUCAGCUUGUUGACGGGCCAGGCGGCGCAUAACACCAAUGUCACAUAUGUUACUCCCCCUCACGGCGGCUACCCAAAGUUCGUAUCCCAAGGGUACAACGACAAGUACCUCCCCGUCUGGCUUCAGGAUGCUGGGUACAACACGUACUACACCGGGAAGCUCUUCAACUCUCACUCCACCGAGAAUUGGAACAAUCCAUUCCCCAAGGGCUGGACUGGCAGUGACUUUCUUCUGGACCCCAACACGUAUCUUUACUUGAAUGCGACGUUUCAGAGAAAUCAGAGCCCGCCCCAGACGUUCCCUGGCGAGUACAGCAACGAUCUGGUUGCCGACCGAGCUCUGGGCUUCUUGGACGAUGCUCUCAAAUUCAAUGGCAGCAAGCCUUUCUUCCUGGGCAUUGCACCUAUUGGUCCUCACAACAACGGACUUGGUGGCGAGACCAGUCCCGGUGCGACACCGCCGAUCCCUGCGAAAAGGCACGAAAACCUCUUUUCAAACGUUACGGUUCCUCGUACCUAUAAUUUCAACCCUGAUAAGCCGAGCAUGGCCAACUGGGGCCUCAUCAUCCCCCAGCUGAACACUGCCGAGAUAGCAUAUGGUGACAACUACUACCGCCGCCGCCUUCAAACACUGCAGUCUGUUGACGAAAUGGUUGAUGCUGUUUUCAAACGUCUCGACCAGGCCGGUGUCCUCGACAACACCUACGUAAUUUUCACGUCCGACAAUGGUUUCCACAUCGGACAGCAUCGCCUCAAGCCAGGGAAGACUUGCGCCAUCGAAGAAGACAUCAAUGUGCCCUUCCUGAUUCGCGGCCCUGGUGUGCCAAAGGGCAAGACGGUGGACUUCGUCACGACCCACACCGAUAUUGCUCCCACCAUUUUCUCGCUUGCUAACAUCACCCUGCGUGACGACUUUGAUGGUUCUCCCAUUCCCUUUUCAGAGGGUGGAAUUGAAAAAGCCCAGAAUGACCCGAAGCAUGACCACGUCAAUGUUGAGUUUUGGGGAACUCAACGCGGGUAUGAUGCGUUCGGGGAUGUCUCUGCGAACAACACCUACAAGGCAAUGCGUAUUCUCGGCGAUGGAUAUAGCUUGUUCUACUCUGUUUGGUGCAGCAACGAACGCGAGUUCUACGAUAUGAAGAAAGACCCAGGUCAGAUGUCCAACCUCGCCAGAAGCGCCUCAGGUCAGCUCCUGAAUCGUCCCCUGUCCGUGGUCCAAGACCGUCUCGAUGCUCUUUUGUUGGUCCUCAAGAGUUGCAAAGCCGAAACUUGCAGACUUCCCUGGAAGCAUAUCCACCCAGAAGGUGGCGUUGAGAACCUCCGAGAUGCACUUGAUGCGAAGUUCGACGUUUUCUAUGCUGGACAGCCCAAGAUCUUCUUCUCGGACUGCAAAGACUUUUACGACAUUGCUUCCGAGGGUGCCCAGGACACGCUGGUUUACUACGAUCCGUGA